AUGCGUUGCUGCUUGAUCGUUAAAACCCUUUAUAUAGUGGUUAGCAAUAACAGCUGCGCCUCACUGUCUGUUCGUAAGCUGGCCCAUUGUACUGGAACUGUUCGUUUGGUGAACCCUUUUAAUUACCCAUCUUCUGGUCGUGUUGAGGUGCAACACAGUGGCACAUGGGGAACUAUUUGUCGCAACUCAUGGGACGCGAGGGAAGCUGAAGUAGUAUGCCGCCAACUUGGAUUCGAUGGCGCUUUAACAGCGUCCACAUGGGCAAGGGCAUCAUUUGGACAAGGAGUAGGCCAGAUAUGGUUGGAUGAUUUGCAAUGCCAAGGAAAUGAGACAUCAAUAUCAGAAUGCUCUCACUUAGGAUGGGGAGUUCACGGCUGUAAUCACUAUGAUGACGUUGGUGUAGUUUGCCGACCGGCAGUGCGUUUGGUGAGUCCCACCAAGUCACCAUCUUCUGGUCGAGUUGAAGUGUUUUACAAUGGCACAUGGGGAACCAUUUGUGACAACUCGUGGGACUUACAGGACGCUAAUGUAGUUUGUCGUCAGCUUGGAUUCGAAGGAGCUUUAUCAGUGUCUGAUGCUGCUGCAUUUGGACAAGGAACUGAUCAGAUAUGGCUGGAUGGCAUAAAAUGUGUAGGAAAUGAGACAUCAAUAUCAGAAUGCAGUCACGGCGGAUGGGGAGUUAACAACUGUGGACAUAGUGAAGACGCUGGUGUGGUGUGCCGAAACGCAGCUGUUCGUCUGGUUAAUUCCUUCAAUUCGUCACGUUCCGGUCGGGUUGAAGUACUGUAUAACGGUGUAUGGGGAACCAUUUGUGACUACUCAUGGGACUUAAAAGACGCUGAUGUAGUUUGUCGCCAGCUUGGAUACGAAGGAGCUUUAGCAGCACUGCGUAACUCACCAUUUGGACAUGGAAGUGGCCAGAUAUGGCUGGGUGACGUGCAAUGUAUAGGGAAUGAGACUUCAAUAUUACAAUGCAGUCAAAUAGGAUGGGGAGUUCACAAUGGUUAUUGUUGGGGAAGUUAUGAUGCCGGUGUAGUUUGCCGACCCACAGGUAAGAGGACGAUCCCCACAAAUUCACCAACUUCUGGUCGUGUUGAACUGCUGUUCAAUGGUACCUGGGGAACCAUUUGUGACACCUCGUGGAACUUAAAAGACGCUGAUGUAGUUUGUCAUCAGCUUGGUUAUGAUGGAGCUUUAUCAGCACCUGGAAAUGCAACAUUUGGACAAGGAGCUGGUCAGAUAUGGCUGGAUGACGUUAAAUGUGAAGGAAACGAGACAUCAGUAUCACAGUGCAGUCACAGAGGGUGGGGAGUUCACAACUGUGGGCAUGGUGAAGACGCUGGUGUGGUGUGCAGACCCACAGCUGUCCGUUUAGUGGAUUCCAACAAUUCGCCAAGUUCUGGUCGUGUUGAAGUGCGGUACCAAGGUGUAUGGGGAACCAUCUGUGACAAUUCAUGGGACUUAAAGGACGCUGAUGUAGUUUGUCGCCAGCUUGGAUACGAAGGAGCCUUGGCAGCACCUCAUAACUCAGCAUUUGGACAAGGAACAGGCCGGAUAUGGUUGGCCAAUGUGGAUUGUGGGGGUAGUGAGACAUCAAUAUCACAAUGCAAUCAUGGAGGAUGGGAAAUUCACAGCUGUUAUCACAGUUCAGAUGCUAGUGUAAUUUGCCGACCCAGAGUGCAUUUGGUGAGUCCCACCAAUUUACCAAAUUCUGGUCGUGUUGAAGUGUUCUAUAAUGGUACAUGGGGAACCAUCUGUGACAACUCAUGGGAUUUAAAGGACGCUGAUAUAGUUUGUCGCCAGCUUGGAUACGAUGGAGCUUUGACAGCACUUGGUGAUGCAGUAUUUGGACAAGGAGCUGGUCAGAUAUGGCUGACUGACGUUCAGUGUGUUGGAGACGAGACAUCGAUAUUUGAAUGCAAUCACGGAGGAUGGGGAAUUCACAACUGUGGGCAUAAUAGUGACGCCAGUGCAGUGUGCCGACUGCCAGUUAUUCGUUUGGUGAACCCUUACAAUUUCUUACGUUCUGGUCGUGUUGAGGUGCUGCACAAUGAUACAUGGCUAACCGUUUGUGGCUCUCAUCACUGGGAUUUACGAAACGCUAACGUAGUUUGUCGCCAGCUUGGAUACGAUGGAGCCUUACAAUCAUCGCGUUAUACAGAAUUUGGACGACGAACUGGCCAGGCAUGGUUGAAAUAUCUGGAUUGUACAGGAAACGAGACAUUAGUAUCACAAUGUCCUCUGAGAUGGAGAACCCAUCGUUGCUGGGACUAUUAUAAUGCUGGCGUGGUGUGCCGACCUACAGUUCGCUUGGUGAGCCCCAGCAAUUCACCGUCUUCUGGUCGUGUUGAAGUGUUUUACAAUGGUACGUGGGGUACUAUUUGUGACAAUUCGUGGGAUUUACAGGACGCUAAUGUUGUUUGUCAUGAUCUUGGAUACGAUGGAGCUUUAUCAGCACCUGGUGAUGCAGCGUUUGGACAAGGAACCGGUCAGAUAUGGCUGAAUGACGUUAAAUGUGUAGGAAAUGAGACAAUGAUAGCUCAGUGCAGUCACAGAGGAUGGGGAGUUCACAACUGUGGGCAUCAUGAAGACGCUGGUGUGGUGUGUCGACCCGCAGCUAUCCGUAUUGUGAAUUCCUUCAAUUCGUCACGUUAUGGUCGUGUUGAAGUGCUGUACAAAAGUGUGUGGGGAACCAUUUGUGGCGACUCUUGGGACUUGCGUGACGCUGAUGUAGUAUGUCGCCAGCUUGGAUACGAGGGAGCUUUAUCAGCACCAAUAUUUCGUUACCCAACAUCUGGACAAAACACUCGACAGAUAUGGUUAAAUGGAGUAAAUUGUGAGGGUAAUGAGACAUCGAUAUCAGAAUGCAAACACCUAGGAUGGGGAGCUCUCGUCUGUCGGUAUUAUUUUGAAACAGGCGUAAUAUGCCGACCCACAAUUCGUUUGGUGAGUCCCAGCAAUUCACUGUCUUCUGGUCGUGUUGAAGUGCUGUACAAUGAUACAUGGGGAACCAUUUGUGACAAUUCGUGGAAUUUACAGGACGCUAAUAUUGUUUGUAAUGAGCUUGGAUACGAUGGAGCUUUAUCAGCACCUGGUGAUGCAGUAUUUGGACAAGGAACUGGUCGGAUAUGGCUGGAUGACAUUAAAUGUGUAGGAAAUGAGACAAUGAUAGCUCAGUGCAGUCACGGAGGAUGGGGAGUUCACAACUGUGGGCAUCAUGAAGACGCUGGUGUGGUGUGUCGACCCGCAGCUAUCCGUAUUGUGAAUUCCUUCAAUUCAUCACGUUUUGGUCGUGUUGAAGUGCUGUACAAAGGUGUGUGGGGAACCAUUUGUGCCGACUAUUGGGACUUGCGUGACGCUGAUGUAGUUUGUCGCCAGCUUGGAUACGAGGGAGCUUUAUCAGCAUCAGCAUUUCGUUACCCUGCAUUUGGACAAAACACUGGUCAGAUACGGCUAAAUGGAGUAAAUUGUGAGGGAAAUGAGACAUCGAUAUUGGAAUGCAGGCACCUGGGAUGGGAAGGUCACUGUCGGGAUUAUUUUGACGCAGGCGUAGUGUGCCGACCCACAAUUCGUUUGGUGAGUCCCAGCAAUUCGCCGUCUUCUGGUCGUGUUGAAGUGUUUCACAAUGGUACAUGGGGAACCAUUUGUGACAAUUCAUGGGACAUAAAAGAUGCUAAUACAGUCUGUCGCCAGCUUGGAUACGAUGGAGCUUUAUCAGCACCCGGUGAUGCAGCAUUUCGACAAGGUAUUGGUCAGAUAUGGCUGGAUGACGUCAAUUGUAUACGAAAUGAGACCUUGAUAGCGCAGUGCAGUCAUGGAGGAUGGGGUGUUCACAACUGUGGGCAUGGCAAAGACGCUGGCGUAGUAUGCCAACCUGCAGAUAUUCGUUUGGUGAGUCCCGACAAUUCCCCGUCCUCUGGUCGUGUUGAAGUGCUGCACAUGGGUACCUGGGGAACCAUUUUUGAUCAUUCAUGGGGCCUACGGGAGGCUGAUGUAGUUUGUCGUCAGCUUGGAUACGAUGGAGCUUUAUCAGCGCCUAGCUAUGCAGCAUUUGGAAGGGGAACUGGCCAAAUAUGGCUUGACUAUGUGCACUGUGAAGGAGAUGAAAUUUCGAUCUUGGACUGUUAUCACAGCGGAUGGGGAGUCCACUAUUACUAUUGGUAUUAUUAUUGGUAUUAUCAUUGGUAUAAUGACGCUGGCGUUGUGUGCCGACCCACAGCGGGACCCCAGAUUUUAAACAUACAAUGUCCAAGCUCUCUAGUUCAGGGAAGUAACUUGACUCUUUAUUGUAAUGCUACUGGUAAUCCUUCUCCGAAUAUUACUUGGAUAUGGGAAGAAACAGGAGAAGUUCUUAGUAGCAGUGAGGAGCUCACUUUUUCAGCUUUUAACCGUAGCCAAACAGGCAAUUAUAAAUGCCUGGCGUGGAAUGGAAUUGGUAAAAGUUCCACCAGAACAUGUCGCCUGGACGUACCUGACGAACCUCUGGUUCUAAACUUAGAGUGUCCAGCAUCAGUCAUUGAGGGACAUAACGCGACUCUUCACUGCAAUGCAACUGGAAAUCCUCCCCCAAAUAUUAACUGGAUACGGAAAGACACAGGAGAUGUUCUUGGCACCAAUGAACAACAUCUUACUCUGUUGGAUGUUCAUCGCAGCCAAGCGGGGACAUAUCAGUGCUCUGCAUGGACUGGAAUUAGCAAUAGUUCGGUCAUUACAUGUCAACUGGAUGUGUUUUACUUGCCAUCUGGGACAAGAAUGACACCUGACCUAAAGGAUACUGUCGUGUUAGCUGGAGGCAGUUUGUUCCUAAACUGCACCUCAGAUGCAAACCCUACAGUUAGUGUGUUUCAGUUGGUAUUCGAUAGUGCCUUAAUCGCCACCAGCAGCUCUGGGAUGUUUAGCGUUACUGUGAAGAAAGCUGGAAUGUACACCUGUAUCCCUGUUAAUGAAGUCGGCCCAGGAGACAGUGCUACAGUCAAAGUCACUGUCCUCGAUGCUCCUGGUUUUCCGGUAUUUGUAAACAACACCGUUGAUACAAUCACUAUCAGGUGGUCACCAAUUUAUCUUCAAUCUGCUACAUAUACCGUAAAUAUAAGACCUGGGGAAGAAACAACGUGGAUGAACGCAACGUGUAAACAGACUAUUUGGAAUAAUAAAUGCACGGUGACAGGCACAGUUGCGGAGGUUGUUGGUCUCGAAGAGGACUCUGCGUAUCAUUUUAGAGUUUAUGCUAACUACAGAGGAGUCAGAAGUGACGCCAGUUUACCGUCAGGAGCCUUGAGAACAGCAGGUGAUGUUGAAUUAUGUGGUUUUAUGAGUUGUUGCCAUGUAAUGGAAGUUUUUCCUUCAUGUAUUGUAUUCAGAGAUAUUUAAUUGAUUAUAAGUAUUACUGACACGAAGCAUUCAGAUAUUGAAUGUUCUGUUUUUUAAUUUGUAUUUCCAUUAACUUGCAAUUUGUAUUGGUAUUUGCUAAUCAAAUGAACAAUCAAAUAGCAAUGCUAACGAGGCCCGAGAACCGAGCAAGUGUAAAACAUACUGUGUAAAGAAACCCAAGAAGUGGUUUUUCUUUAUCAUCUAUCACUCAAAAUAUGUUGUAUAUCUUUAUUGCGUGUAACGACAACGACACAAUGAAGAUAAAUUACGACUCUA